UUUUUCUUCUAUUUAAACCCCCAACAUGGGAACAUCGCUCACCUUUGCGGCAUUCACUUACACAGGCGAGCGUCCGUCCUCCUGGAACAUUCCAAGCAGUAAAUCUCAGCUUUAUUUGGUUUCUGCUCACCCGAGUCCAUCUGAAUUCCUAAGCUGCGGGGACUGUGACUGCAAAUAUGUGGGGAACAAAUGGCCUGAAGAGAAACUUGAUCAAAAAUCCAAGCGCUCUAGAGGGUUUACAAAACUGGUCCAUAGAUGAAAAUGGUGGUAGCCAAUGGAAGGUUGAAGAUUUGCCUGGAGGUGAAGGAGAGAUGUUUCCAAAUACAUCGGUCCAAAAAUACUUUGUAACCUCCAACCAGACCUGCAAGAAGUCCCAGCUUAUCGACCUAAAGAAAGAGGGGUUCAGUGCUGAGAUUUUGGACAAAUUUCAACCGGCCAUUAUCGUCACAGACUGGUAUGCGGCAAGGAAGGACUGUAGCUGCCAGUAUGAGUUGUUGGUCCGACUGCUUUCUGAAGACAAGAAAACCAUACAGGAGUUUCACCCACAACCCGUGAAUCUACCGCAACGUUGUGACGGCCAAUGGCAUUAUGUAACACACACCUUCAGUAACUAUGGACCAGGAGUGCGCUAUAUCUCUUUUCAGCAUGGCGGGAAGGACACCUUGAACUGGGCCGGCUGGUAUGGCGUGCGAGUCUCCAACAGCAGCAUCUCUGUGGACAUUUAGGGUCCAACUGCGUGAAUGUGACAUGUUUUCAUUUCCCCAUCUAGUGCUGAAGGACACUGCUAACCUGAUUUUUGUAGUUUAUUGUUUAAAAUACGCAGUUGUCUUAGAAUUAUAAUUCAAAGCAGCCGAAAUAUGAAAUAUUACUCUGUCAUUGUUCUGGUA